CGACGCGCCGCUAGUACACGCUGGUCGCUUGUAUCUCUCGGUGUGCAACUCAGCGCUCAACAAACAUGCCCCAGGCCGAAACCCAGAGUUUGUUCACUACAUACUUCAUCCUACUUGUCCUGCUCAUCGCGCUAUGGAUGUUAUACGCAGGCCUAUUUUAGGCCGUGACGUUGCCGGUUAGUGUACCAGCAGAAGCGAAUUUAGCAGAAUGAUUUAGAGCGUCGGUGAUGCCACAAUGGAGACUGGUGGCGGCAAGUGCGCGGCGUGCGGCGUGCAGCACGGCGGCCGCGAGCCGCACGUGUACGAGUACGCGGCCGCCGUCGACGACGACCUCACGUGCCACAUCUGCCUGCAGCCGCUGGUGGCGCCCGUCGACAUGGCGUGCGGACACACCUUCUGCGAGCCGUGCCUGCGCGGCUACCUGCGCACGCACCGCGCCUGCCCCGUCGACCGCCAGCCCGUGCCGCCCAACCAGCCGCUCUGCUCGCCGUCCAGCUUCGUUCUACGCAAAUUGUUAGAAAAGUUAUCCGUCAAGUGUCCCAACACAGAUGUUUGUGAUAAAGUGCUCUCAAGAGGCGACCUCCAGGAUCAUCUUAAAAAAAGGUGCCCGGCGACUGUGAAUCUGGAGAAAGCCCAGACUCAGCACCAUGUUAACAAAAGUUCCUCUUGCUCAUCCCGGCCACGCACAAAAUCCGUCCAACACGAUGUCCAUCAAAAAGGUAUCACACGACUGCCUGUGCUAGAAGGAGAAAUCAGCCAUAUAGAGAUACCACGAUUGUCCACAAACCUAGGAAUCACCAUCGUUGGUGGAGCUGAUACUGCCUUGCACUGCAUUGUGGUGCAAGAAGUAUUUGAAGAUGGUUUAAUAUCCCAGGAUGGUCGUUUGCGCCCUGGUGAUCAACUCAUCGAAAUUAAUGGAACAGACAUGACAAAUGCCACACACCACCAGGCAUGCCAGGCUCUAAGGAAAUUAUGUCCUGUUCUACGCCUCGGCGUCUACCGUGAAAGAAUUGAAAGUUAUGCCGCCCGCUCUUCAUCUCAUUAUGUAGAAGAGGUUCACACUGUAACACUUGAACAUCAGCCAAAUCAGCAGCUUGGUGUUCGCCUGAGUGGUUGGUGGAUGGAACCAGGUAUUUUUAUAAUGGAAAUCAUGCAGGGCAGUCCUGCUGCGCAAAGUGGACACCUAGAACCUUAUGAUCGCAUUCUGUCUGUCAAUGGCAAAGACUUGGCCAGCUGUUGGCUUGAUCAGGCUUCAAAGCUAAUUCAGAGCAAUGAAUGUGUAACACUUGUGAUUGCACGAAAGAAGCUGAAAAGACCACCACCAGAACAGGAGAAAGCCGAUCGGCUCCCACCUUUAUACCAUGGUCGGACAAAAUCAGCACCAGAGACCUUAGGUAGCCCGGAUAAAAUGUUGUCACAGUGUUUUGCUGUAUCACGUUCAUCUGAUGUUGUGCCAGCAACAUACGCUGGACGUGAACGACUACACAGCCAGUCUUGUGACGCUCUCCACAUGGAGUCAAUGGAAACUGUUGCACAGCCACAGACUUCGGAUAAUACACCAAAUAAUGUCCGGGAAGUGGCAGAUGAUUCAUCCAUCCAAAGGAGCUCAUAUGCUUCUAAUUUUUCAAUGCAGCAGAAGUGUGUGACUAUUCAUAAGGAUCCAAAAGAAAAUCUUGGAAUGCGCAUAGGUGGUGGAAUUGGAAGUAAUGAAGGAGACAUUCCAAUUUACAUUGCAAAUAUUCACCCUCAAGGCUGUGUUGGAAGAACAAUGCGGAUAUUGAAAGGAGAUAUUUUAUUGAAUGUAAAUGGAACAAGCCUCCUUGGUCUUACUCACACACAGGCAGUAGCUAUCUUGAAAGCAACAGUGGAAAAGAGAGAAGUAACUCUUGAAGUUCUUGAAGGUCCUGAAACAUCAGCAGGUUCACUCAACUUUAUACCAUCCUGGGUUUACUGGCAAAAAUUACCAAGGUGCCUUCAGUUUCCAAAAACUGUAGUCUUACACAGGAUCCCAGGCUCUAGCCUAGGAUUCAGCAUUGUUGGUGGCGAAGAUCCUGUGCGAGGUCCGGAAGCUAUACACAUUCUUUUUGUUGUACAAAACUCACCAGCAGCUAAGGAUGGAAAAUUAAGGUGUGGAGAUCGUCUUUUGGCAGUGGAUGGACACAGUCUGGAGAAUGUAAAACAUUCAGCGGCAGUGAAAAUGUUAAAACAAACAGGCAGUAAGGUGACUCUCGAGGUUGUCUCUUGGCUAGGAACAGAGUUAUAAGUGAAGUGAAUAUGUUUCCAAAAAUAAAAUUAUUGCAUUGUACUUGUACUGAGGACUGCUGUGGUUGGUGUUUUAGCCCCAAAGAGUUGAUUAUUUCUAAUGUUUGUGAUCUGAGUUUCUGAAAAAAAAGUGUGUUGUACACAUUUCCAAAAGUCUUCUGACAGUUAUAUCUGUGUGUAUGUGUACAUAUGUCCAUCUACUAUUUUAUAAAAUGGUUAUUUCAUAAAUUCGUGAGAAAUUGAAGUAAGACAUGAAAAAUUUUACUAUAGAUGCUAUUUUGUAUACCAGAAAUGACAAAUUUAUGGCACUCAUCUCAGAUAUCAAUAUGAUAUUAAAAAUUUCUAUGUGCUUAAGAUUGGUACACACCUCCAACAGUUAGAUUUGUACUAUUCUGGAUGAACAGUGCUGUGUCAGAUAUUAUGUGGUAGCAUGUUGAAUUUUUAAAUCAGUCGUGGAGAAAAAAAUGUUGUUGCCCUACAUUGAGGUGCUUCACAUAUAUUUUAAGAUCGUCUGAUGUCAGAUUCAUGUUUUGGGGAGCACAGACUAUGAAACUGGAUUGAAAUUUCUUAUAUAAUAAUACGCUUGUGCUAAUAAAUUUGAAAACUUAUGCGCUAGACAAAAGUACUGGGUGUAUGUGUAUCACAUACUUUUUCAUGUAACAGGUGAAAAAAUAUUAAGUUGAAUAUCCCAUAUACUCUGUUAUUUCAUGAUUUUCUGUAUAAGAAAUUGGACCACCUUUGCAUCCAUGUUCGUUAUUUUCCACAUUCUUGUGAUGUAUGCAGUUAGCUGUUACACCUAUAAUAAUGCAGCUACUUGAUUACUACUAUUAUCAAAUAAGAAAUAAUCUUAUCAAUGUUACAUCUUCGAUAUUGUCAGUGGGACAUCACAAGAUUUUGGACAAUCAGACAAUGGAAACUCUAGGUAGGAAUAUCAAUACUGUAGGAAAAGACAGAUUGCUACUCACCAUAAAGAGGACACAUCAAGUUGCAGACAGGCACAAUUAAGACACUUACACAAAGUUUUUGGCCAUGACCUUCAGCAGUGAAAGGGAGACACACACACAAGCAAGCACACCUUACACUCACGACUGCCCUCCAGCAUCUGCUGGAGUUGCUGGUUGUGUGUGCGUGAAUAGUGUGUGUCUCUCUUUCACUGAUGAAGGCUGUGGCCUAAAGCUUUAUGUAAAUGUCUUUUAAUUGUGCCUGUUUGCAACUUGAAGUGUCUUCUUUACAGUAAGUAGCACCCUGUCUUCCAAGAUUUUGGACGGUCAUACUGGAAGACUGUUUUGUUCCACUGAAAUUUCUGCACAGUAGUUUUCUUUAAAUAAAUGUAACUAGUAGCUUUGUUUUAUAAUUUGACUUUUCCCUGUUUUGUUGCUGAUGAAUAACACUGACUAUAUAUAUAUUAAAUUAUAUAAUUUUAUUUUGGAAGAAAUGACAGCAUGUAUUUUACAGUUUUGAGUAUUGUGCUAUCUUCUUUAGAUAAAUUAAUGUCCUUUGAUAGAUGCCCAUCUCAGGACAUUUCCAGCAGCUUGACAACUAAAUUAAACUUCACAUUAAAAUGGAGCCUAACUAUGUGAGGUCACAUUACUGACUUUCUUUUAACAGAGCAUCUCUCAUUGUAGACCACUGUACAGAUUGAUAGAUAAAAUUUUAAAGGAACUUAUGUCAAAACAAUAUUACCUUCUGUAAAUUAGGAAUUUGUUUAUAAGUGGUGUCUUAUCUCUCUCUCUCUCUCUCUCUCUCUCUCUCUCUCUCUCUCUCUCUCUCUCUCUCUCUCCCUUCCCUCCCCCACCCUCUGCCUCAAUUGUCUCUGGAGGGAGAGCUAGUAGUACCGCAAAAAUUUACUUGUUUUGACAUAAGUUUUAGUGCUGUAUAGUGAUUUAUACUUAUAAAGAUUGUUGAAUUGUACACUUUUUGUAAUAUCUACAGCUCAUCUAUUCUUGACUGUUACUAUGUUUUGAUUACUGAUAGCCACAGACAAUUUUCUGACAGUAUUUUGAUUGUUCAUUUAUACCUUUGCUUAGAUGGCAGAUAGAGGAAAGCAUAGCUCCUUUGCCUCCUGAGGUUACAGAAUAGAAUCUACAAGAAGAAAUUUUUGCUAUACUUCUUGUGCCUAACAAAAAUUUAAGUGUUGGUGGUAAAGUAUGAACUGUAAAAGACUUAGUCAUAUAUUUUCUUACUUUCUGUAUGGGUGCAGUUUAAUGUACAUUUGUGUUCACUUGACGGAUACAUUAUCAAAUUGAUAAGAGAUGUAAGUGAUUUUUAUAUCACUUUUACACCAAUCUCCAUUGUGGCAAACAAGUGUUAAAAUAUAAGUUAUGAGUAACACCAUAUUUUAAGGCCACUUGUUUAUUGGAAUAUAGAUCUAAUAAAACACUGGAGGAAAUAUAAA